UUCCGCCGUCAGAAGCGGAAGCGGCCUCGCCGCGUGGGGUUGGCCGCGGCCGCCGCUCCCGGUCGUGCAUCUGUCCGUCGGUCCGUCGGUCCGUGCCUGCUCGCAGCCAUGGCCGUCCGCGCCAGCUUCGAGAACAACAACGAGCUGGGCUGCUUCGCCAAGCUGACCAACGCCUACUGCCUGGUGGCCAUCGGCGGCUCCGAGAACUUCUACAGCGUGUUCGAGGGGGAGCUGUUCGGGACCGUCCCGGUGGUGCACGCCUCCAUCGCCGGCUGCCGCAUCAUCGGCAGGAUGUGUGUGGGGAAUAGGCACGGACUGUUGGUCCCGAGCAGUACAACAGACCAAGAGCUUCAGCACAUCCGUAACAGCCUUCCAGAUUCUGUGCGAAUUCAGCGAGUGGAGGAGCGGCUCUCGGCGCUGGGCAAUGUCACUACCUGCAAUGACUACGUAGCUCUCGUUCAUCCGGAUCUGGACAGGGAAACAGAAGAGAUCUUGGCAGAUGUGCUAAAGGUUGAAGUUUUCAGACAAACGGUAGCAGAUCAGGUGCUGGUAGGAAGUUACUGUGUAUUUAGUAACCAAGGAGGAAUUGUGCACCCCAAAACUUCCAUUGAGGAUCAGGAUGAACUGUCUUCAUUGCUGCAGGUCCCACUCGUGGCUGGGACAGUAAACCGUGGCAGUGAGGUCAUUGGAGCAGGAAUGGUUGUAAAUGACUGGUGUGCCUUCUGUGGGUUGGACACAACCAGCACUGAGCUCUCUGUCAUUGAGAGCAUCUUCAAGCUCAAUGAAGCUCAGCCAAGUACUAUUGCUACCAACAUGAGGGAUUCCUUGAUUGACAGCUUGGCAUGAGCAGUGUCGGUUUGUGCCAUCCAAGAGGCUCCUAAGGAGUGAAGAGUCAAGCUGCAGUUUGGAUUACAGACCUCCAGAGCUUUGUUUCUGCAGGACUUGCACCAGGAAGAGGCUACCAAAAAACCACCGUUUUUGUAAUGUUUUGUAAACUAAAUAUUAUUGCAAAAAAUAGCAAAUAACAUACACAAGUUCCAGAUGUGGAAUGUUCUCUUAUCCCUUUGCUGAUGCUCUUCGUUUCUUCUUCAGCUGUGCUUUCUCUGUGAUGCUGACCAAGGCCUUUAAAUUAGCCCACAAUGUUCACUUGUUUGGAUUUUGGUUACUGAUAACUAGAAAAUGGUUUUGCCUUAAAUAGAGGAUUAACAUUCUGCUGUGCAGCAGGCAGUUUCAGCACAUAUACGGUACUGCCCACUCUUUCUUUUCAUGCUCUCGGUGUUUCUGCUCUAGGUAGGCAGAAGAGCCCCCGUAUUUCCUGUAUGAAAAACAUAAUAGUCAGCUUGCCAGAAGACAUUUCCAAAGGUGUCUCCUGCUGUCCUGCCCUGACUUGCAGCUGUUUUCACAGGGCUGGUGGUUCUGAGAUGGUCGGUUCUGACUGAAAGUGGAGUUUCUCAAAGAAGUCAAACCAGGGCCUUAGCAGCCAGUUGUGACUGCAGAGCAGUGGAGUCCAGUCUGUUGUCUGUGAAUGUCAGACCUGUGUGGUACGUCUGAGGCUUCUGCAAAAGAUGCAGUUGCUGGUGGCUUAAAUGUUCUCUAUGGGAGUUGGCUGCCUUCCCUGAGAAACUCUUAGAAGUCAGCAAAUUGGAAAGAGUUGAGUCAUGUGAUCUUGAGUUACCCUGGAGGCAAAGGUUAAUUAACAGUUGUAAAUGGUUACUGCAUUCAGUGGUAUAUUCCACACUUAGAGCUUGCUGUUGAAGAGUUCUGCCCUUGCCUGGCAGUGUUGGCGAUGCAGAGGAGCUGUAGAGUUAACAGUUUCUGGUAUUUAUGGCUCCCUUAAUGUAGCGAGCAGCCUUUCUUGGCUGUCUCCAUGUCAGUGUUCAGAAUCAGAAGCUGAUUUCCUUCUGUCAUCUCCCAGGGCUUUCUUAUUAGGAAUAAAUUGUAAAGAACCCGACUGCUGCUGUGCUGUUGGCACAGAAUCACCGGCUGUAAAUAAGUAAUGCUGAGCUUUUUUGUGUGCAGCUUGUUGGGUUUUUUUACUUCCUCAUUCCAAUCAUUAGGCAGAAAUGCUGGAUUGUCGUGAUCCUGAUAUGUGUUAGAACUGCUCGAACAAGAAAAGUAAUCCAGUUUCUGUGAAAUGCAAAUCCAUUAAUAAGAAAGAUCUUGAGACAAUGGUGAGGGUGGUUACGUGCCAAGGAGUGCUGGAGGCAGGCAGAAGGACGGGGCGUUGCUAACUGUGCUGUGUAUGACUUCCUAUGGAACCUGCACUGAGAUUUGGAAAGUGGGAGGUUCCCAAAAUACAGGAUCAGCUCUAAACAAAAGCUUUGUGGGAAUUCAAACUGGGAAGGUGGACCUAUGUGCAAAGAUUGACAGAAACUGUAAUACAGAAUGGGAUCAGUAGGAACGUGAGCCAGCAAUAAACUGGAUGCUUUAAUUGCAAGUCACGUCUCAUGAGACCUAUGGAGUGACUUAAAGAAAUUUGGUUGUGCUCUCUCUGAAUUACUGAGGAGGCUUUUGGCAGGGUUUUGUGCCAAAUGCUUUUAAGGACCGUGGAUAAUGCUGUGGGAGGGAGGCUCACGUAUGUGCCAGAGGACGGGGAAAAGGUUAGAGUAAAUGGUUGGAUCUUUCACUGGGAUUUCAUAGGGAGCUCUGCUGUGUCCUGUUGGGGUGGGGCAGUGGAUUAGUGCAGCAAAGUUGGCUCAGGAUGCCUCAUUCUUGUAAGGAUGAGAACCAACUUGUUGACGGGAAGGUGUGAGAUAGGAGAUCCCUUUGAGGUUUAAUGUCUGAUUAUAAAGCAGAAACAACUGACCCCUCUUAGAGUGGAGGAGCACUUCUGUUCUGACUAGUGGUUGGUAUGUCCCAGCAUGCUUAAACUUGCCUGGAAAAAUGAACUUAUUUUACUGGUGAUCAAAUUACUCAAACUAGUCAAAAACUAAUAAAUCAAUACGGAAUGCUGAGUGCAAAAUAGAGUACUUUACGGCUGCUCUUUGCAGGAGCUGCAACUGCUGUGCAUAAGAUGGGUGUGCCUGGAUCUUGCUGCCCAGAUGGCCAGUACUGCAGAGCAGUGUGUUGUGCCAAGAACACGCUUGGAAGAGCCCCUUGCAUGUGGGAUUAGAGUUGGGUAAGCGCUGAUGUUCCCUGCUCCCCUGUGUGGGCAGUAUGUCCUGGUGCUGUGCUUCUGGACAAGAACUACAGUGUGGCCACCUGUCUGUGGAGAUGCUUUACCCAUGCUGAUGGGAGAUGUACUGGGAUGAUAACUCAUAUGAUGUGCUUGUGUAGCAUCAGACAGGAUCCCAGCAAAGAGCUUGGACAUGGGAAUCUAAGGAGCUGUGUCCUACGUGAAUAUUUGCAUCUGGAUCCAGGCCCCCAGAAAUCACAGACCAAUGUGUAACCCACACCUUGAAGAUGAGCAUGCGCUAGGAGUCAAUUGGGAGGCAGUUAUAAAAGGUACCAAACUAUUUCUCCAGUUCCUUGAGGAUGCUGUGGGGCAGAAGGCUCACCUUGCUGCAGCACGGCGGGGUGUAGCUGUGUGAGCAAACAGCUGAGCUUCCUACAGCCCCUGACAUGGUGCUCCUUGCACAGCUGGUCACUCAGCGUGAAGUACUGAAGGAAAGCAAAGCCAACCUUUGGGCACAAGGAGAAAAACCCAAAUGAACAAAAGCAGACAUUUCUUCAGGUUGUAAUUUUUUUGUUGUUUUAAUGAUGGCUGUUGGAAGUUGCUCAAAGGUUUGGGCUGUCACAGUCCCAGAGAUGGCAGCGUACAGAUGAGUUGGAUGUGCCAUGUGGCUGUGGCGGUCAUAGUGUGCAUUCUACCACAUAUAUAGUACACAUAGCAACUUACGGAGUAGCGUGUAUGGGGGGUACCUAAUUAGUAGCUCUGAUUUCAUUUGGUCCUUUGCACUCCUUCACCCAUCAUAAGACAUUACCACAUUUUUUCACUAACAUUCAGUUUGGCAUCUACUAGCUGCUCAUUUCAUAAUAUCUUCAUAAUACUUUCUAUGCUUAAACACAAUAAAAAUUGUGGCUACAGAAAUUAACCAUGAAAGACAAAAUACAGUUGGAGACCACGUGUUAUGCAGUCCUUGUGGGCUUCGCUAUGAAAUACCUAUUGGGCUACCCGGCUUCAUCACAGCAAUAUCUGAGCACCAGGUAGAAAUUCAGAGUGCAAACAGCCUUUCUGCUUUUUCAUUCCUCACUGCUGUACCUACAAAUGCUUACAGCAUGUUUGACAAAAAAAUAAAAGUCCUUAGGAUUGUUUGUUU